GAGGGACCCGGGUUGGAAAAAUGGCGGAGACGUGUUUUUGCGACGGCAAUCAUUGUCGUUGAUGUAAAAUUAGGGCUAGUCAGUGAGUGGAGUGCAUUGAGUUUCGACAUUAAAAAACCUUUGUGUUGCUUGAAACACGACGAGUACAACCCUCCAACACACGCGUGUCACCACUUCUAAGUGUUUAAAUUUUACCUCUCAGCCCUUUCCUUUAAGAAAGAAGUAAUAGCAAAACCAGCAUAGACCACGCAUAGGCGAGUCUUGUUUUCUCGUUAUUCAAACUGCCCUUUUAUCUAUUGGCAGUGACCCUGACGGAUCCAUCCUAUUUAGAGAAAUUUUUCGCUAUACUCCGGCGAGAUGUGAACCAAAUAGAUAAACUGUUCUAGUCUUGAAAGACCAGGCAUAAAUAACAAUAAAUAUCAAUCAUGGUUUCCAAUGACUUUGAUGUGGAACAGUUUGAAAGAAGACUUCAAACUUUGAAAGAUUCUCAGGAAUCAAUACAAAGCCUUUCAUCAUGGUGUCUUGAAAGAAGACAGCAUCACAAAAAGAUAGUUGCUACUUGGCUACAAGUUCUCAAAAAAGUCAAAGUAGAACACAGAUUAACACUCUUUUAUUUAGCAAAUGAUGUUAUUCAAUAUUCUAAAAGAAAAAAUUUUGAAUUUGUGGAAUCAUGGGGGACAACAUUGCAACGAGCCACAACAAUGGUUAGAGAUGAAAAAGUGAAACACAGAGUUUUAAGGAUUUUUAAAAUUUGGGAUCAAAGACAAGUUUAUGAUGAAGAAUUUCUUGCUGAUUUAUCAGGGCUUAUUUCUGCUGCCCCCAAAAAAAAAGUGGAACCUCAACCAAUACAACAGUCUGAAGAAUUUCAAGCAGCUCUUCUUAUUUCUACUAUGAGAUCUUGUGCUACACUUGAACAAGCUACAGAUGCAAGAUUGAGAGAUUUGAAAGAUUGUAGUGUAGAUAUUGACAGUGUUGAAGAGUUACGCUCUUCCUUGAAAGAUCGUCGGCGAGUAGAGGAUGCUGAAAAAGAUGUUGAUCUUGCUGCAAGAAAUAUUGAAAAUUAUGUUCGAUCUUUGGAGGCAGAAAUACGAGAAAGAAAACAGGUUCUUGAUCUGCUUGAACAAGCUGAUCAAUUUUAUGAAACACAGAAAGGAGAGGUCAAAAUUGUUGUUAAUGCUUACAGAAAUUUUGGUAGUAGAGUAAAAAAUUUAAAGAAAAAGUUAGAUGAACUUUUGCCAAAAUUAGCAUCUCCUCUCCCAUCACCAGAUAUAAAUGCUCCGUCACCAAGUCCAGAUAGUGAUAUUGAACUACCAGGGGAAGAAAGUCAAAUAAAUCAGUCUACUUUAAUUAAUGUUGCUCCACCUUCAAUGUAUGGAACAUAUGGCUCAGAUUACAAUCCUGUAACUGCACCUAUCAAUAACACAACAUCUGAUUUUAGCAAUAACUUUUCAUCUUUUAUUGGUGAAAAUUUAGACUUUGACCCAAGAAAUAUAUUCAGUGAAAACUCAGUAUCUGGUACCAGUCAACAAUAUGAUAUUCUAGAGAACAAAUCAAGUGAAGUUAUUGAUAUACAUUCAUCAUUGGAUACAAAUAAUGAAGAACCCGUCUCAAGUUUUCUGAAGACUGUAUUACCAUCUUCAGAUUCAACAAAUUCUUGUGGUAUCCCUGGUCUUGGAAUGGAUGCAGCAGAUGCAAUGACAGAUAAUAUGCAGUGUAAUGAUUAUAGACCUUUGAGUAUGGGACCAAUUUCAAAUACCCCAAUAAUGGGAAGAAUGUUAGGCAUUCCCACUACACCAAUAGGGAAUCAUUCUCAAAUAAGUCAUAGUACACCCUUGCAUAGCAGAAAUUUGAAUGGAGAAUCGCAUACACCGUCACCUUAUUCUAGUGAAAACAGUCAAAAUAAUCCCGUAAUUUCUAUGAAUUCAUUUGACAGUACUACAGUGAAUCCGCUGCAACCUCCGCCUAUGCCCCCUAUUGAAUUUUUAGAAGAUAAUAAUUGCUACAAACUACCUCCUAAAUUUCCAACAUGGACUUUUGCCAAUGAAACACCUAAAGAACCAGUAGUAUUUCCAGUUGUAAAUGAUACAACUCCAGUUUGGCCACCAAGUGACAAAAUAAAAAAUCAAUGGAACGAAAGUAGCAAUGAACAGUGGGAUAUGAGUAACGAUCCAAAUUGGUCUGACAGUAUAAGAAUUAAAAAUGAAAUACUUUCCGAAACUCCCGAAUCACCUCCAAUGUAUGAAAAAACAAGUUAUAAUCAACCAGUCGAAUAUAAUGAUUCACAGUCUCAAGAGCCAAUUCUGAGUAGCGUUGGUGACGUUGAUCAUAGGGUGUUGGCUGUACCUAUCACAGCAGAUAAACAAUUGCCUCACCGUUUAAUGAAAGGCGCUGAUGUUGACCAUCGGAACCUUAUUAGUCUUACAGGUAGUCCAGCUAAUAAUAGCAACGAUGCAAUGACUGGAUCACUUUCGAAUGAUAAUUUAUGGACAAACACAGAUCAAGAUUAUAGGAGGCCAAAUAUUCCUGUUGGAGAUAACGUUGAAAGUGUAGAUAUGGAAAUGUCUGAUGAAGAAGGAGAAGGUAAAAAGGGUAAUCGAGUACUGGUAGACUUAAGAUCUCAGGAUCGAGAUAUGCGAGUGCCUAAUAUGCCUCCUGGGCCACCACCUGGACCGCCGCAACAUCAUCAUACAGCUGAUAUGGAUAUGCGGAUGAUGCCAGGCCCAGGUGGUCCUCCUGUUAAUCCAAUGGGUCUUCAACGAGGUGGAAAUGUUGGGCCAGAUUUACACGGAGUAGACACGAGACCGCCUCCGCCGCCACCUCCACCUCCUCCAGGGUUUCAUCCCGGACAGAUCAAUUUUCAGCAAAAUCAGUCUGAUUUUCGUCACAACAAAUCGAUGGAUUUUAGGCCUAAUCAACCAUUCCAUCCGAAUCAACAAGAAUUUAGACCCAACCAAAGCUUUCCACCACCUCAGCAAGAUUUCCCUCCCGGUCAACUAGAAUUUGAAUUUUUCGAUAGUCCACAUGGCAGAGGUGCACCUAUGCAGAGAGGUGGUGGCAAUGGGCGAGGUAUCGGAACAGGAGGACCAUUCCGCGGCGCUGGUGGUCCAAGGCCACCUUGGAUGGACCGAGGUGGCCCAGGUCCACGUCCUCCCAUGCUAAUGAGUGGCUUUCCACCGGGGUGUCCGCCGACGCGCGGUAUGAAACCUCGAGGUGGACCUUUUCGUGGUGGACCGGCUGGCUUUCGCGGCAGAGGUCGCGGAGGUAAUGCUUGGUAAAAACUGCUUCUUACCAAGCCAAGCCUCAUGAACUCAUAAUUAUUUGUGUGUUGCGCCACAGAAUAGAGUGGUCGGCGCAGUUAUUAAAUCUUGUAAAUAAUUUUGUCCACGACGUACAUUUAUACGACUGUGUAUUUUCUAUUUUCUUUAUCAUGUCUGCAACCAUGAACAUAAACUGAGUAAUGCUUUCCCAAUAAUUGAUACGGAAAUAUCUAAGGCUAAGCGUAACUUGGUUCCUUUGAUUCUAUGAUCAUUUAAUAAGUCAGCAUUCGUAAUCAGAAAGUUUUAAGUAGGUUUGCGUAGUAGCUUUUCAGUGUUCAACUUUUUUCUAUUUAUACUGACUCUGGGAAAAAUUACGUGCAUUUUUAUAAUGACGAGAUAUUUGUUUAUAUAGUUAAUAUUAACAUAAGAACAUUUAAAAUUACUGCUCGUAAAUCAAAUGAUUUUUAUACUUGAUCCAAAAAUAAUGUACAAAAUUAUGUACAAAUAUUAUUUUUCAAAAUUACUGAAAUUUUUUGUUUAGAAAAUAAGCGAUUUUUGCAUAUCAUCUAAUACACUUCUUUUACAUAACAUUCUAUGUACUAAAAAAACACUUGAUAGUUUUAAAGAUUUAUUGUUUAUUGUUUCAAGUAUAAAGAAUGUGACUUUUUGAAUAGUAAAGAAACAUGGAAAUAUGUUGUACAUCCUACUUCGGCAGAUAAUAUACUGUACAUAGAAACACCGUGACUUCAAAGCUCUUUGUAAACUUUGUUUAGGUUUUGAUUAGUAUGGCAAUUUUUACAACAUGUACUUGUACUAAUUUGAAUAAUAAUUUUAUAAGCCACAGCCAUCACAAUUACACAUUGUAUAAAGUAAAAGAUUGUAAAUUUCAGAUCUUCAUAUUAAAGAUAACGUUUAGUUUGGUUAUAAUUAUCAUCGAAAAGAACUUUAUUUUGUAGAUAAAUUACGUCACUAGUAAAGAAUUAUUGAAUUGAUUAUAUAUUAUUUACGCUUUGAACGAUGAACGUAAGUUCUUCCAUAUGAAGCAAGCAUUAAUACAAGUUUAUUAAAAGGUUUCGCUGUAUAAAUAAUUGCUGCAUUAUCAUAGUCAUUAGAAUUAAUUGAUCGCAAACGAAAGUUUUUGUUAUUCAUGUAAGUUUUGCUAAUGCCACAAUUUGAAAAAAAAAUGGAGAUCUUGAUAAAGUUUAGAUUAUCUUAUUCAUUCACGAUAAUGCAUUUUCUCUAGAAUAAUUAGAAAUGCAUAAAAAUGACUUAUGGCGGCCGCAAAAGAUCUUGAAAAGCUUGCAUAAUUCGUACGUUUUCUCGAAAAAAAUAUUUAGUAGAGGAAGUACAAUUAUUGUUUGCAUGCUUAUUGUACAUAUACCGGAUUAUUCCAUAAGGUUUGGAAUUUAUUAUAUGGAGCUUAUUUUCUGACAAUGAAGAAAAGAUAAACAUUAAUAACACUGCUUAUUCAAACAAUGUUAUGAACAAUAAAUUCUGUAUUUGUAGUGUAUUUAAAGAUACUUAUCAAGAAUUUUGUUUCAAAAGUUAUGAAAAAAGAACAAAUUAUUUGAGGUCUUAGUGAUAAACAUAAUUUUAACCUUUAUUGAACAACUUAGUAGUUUUCUCUGUAUAAAACGAAAGGAAUCCUUGUUGCUUUCAUUGAUCUUUUUUAAUAAAAUACAAACUCCUAAUGAAGGUCCUUUUCAGCAUCCAACACUAGUAUUUACCCCAUACACUUUUUUAAAUAAGUCGAUGCUUAAGCAUUUAAAUAUUUAUUCAAUUUUACAAUUCGCUUCACAUUAUAAAAUGUAUUAAAUCAUGAAGCAUAAUGUGUGGGGUAAAUAAUUAUUUCAUCGACUUUUAUAUGUUCAGUUUUCGAUUUUUGUGUUCUUUCGUUUUAUGAGUUGGUAAUUGACAAGUGAAUACGGCAUUUUCAGUAAAAUCUGUGAUACGCGAUUCAAGUUGAGUAAAAUGUCAAAUAAAACUUAGUACAAAUUAAAUUUACGACUCCAGAUUAAUUAUAGUAAAUUAACGCAUACAAUUUUUUUGCUGCGGGUUUUUUCUUAUUUUCAAAUUUGUAUUUAAUCUGUUAAAUAUUAUAUGAUAUACCUAGGGAAGUAAAGUAUUAGGAAGGUCGAAGCACACCUAAAUUAUCCCUCAAGUUAAAAGCGGAUUAAACGCGUGCCACGAAUUACAAAGUUACAUCCUGUAGUGCACAUUUUGCUCAUCCAAGGAGAAAAUGCAUCUUUUCCUUUUGAAUAGCGAAAGAAAAAUUGGCAUUUUCAGUCCGCUGCCAAGAAGAAAAUAUUUACGCUUGAAACUUCUGAGGCUAAAUUUACAUAUAAAUUAUUUGAUACCUUAACAAAAUGCAAUGUUUUUAUAAUUUGAAAAUGUUUACGGAAAUUGAAGUGUAAAAUCAAAAAUAACAAUUUAAAAAUUUUGAUCUCGGUAUUACACGUAAUAUUAACCCAAUAUAAGUAAAAUAAAUUGUAAUUUUCUGAUAUUUGACUUUAAAAUAAAAAUUUUCAAUAAUCUAUUAUUUGAUAAGUAAUACUUAAAACGAUGAAACUAUUUUAGAUUUGCAGUAAAAACAUUGCUAUUAAGUAUUAAUAUUACAAUUUAUUACAUUUAGUAAAAUAAUUCAUUCUACAUCAUUGGUUUCUAAAUAUAUUUAACGUGAAAAUAAAAUAA